AGAGAAAGGGGAAUAGAUGAUUUCAGGGAGCAAACGCUGCCUGAAAAGGAUGGGCAAGCGCUGGCUCGGGGCUCUUAGUAGCCCGGGUGUGGGCAUGGGGAAUUUGUUCAGGGCUCUUCCAGAGACCAAGGUACGCCCUCCCCCAGGGGUUUCAACGUCCCGUACCAUUGGCAGCCUGGGUUCUUUGAAUUUAAUUUUUUUUAGUUUUCUGUAUACCAGUGUGACUUCCAGUUCAUCUUUCAACAUAGUUAUACUAAAACAUCCAUAUUUGCUCUCAUAUAAAUAUUUUCUUCAUAUUUAUAUAUCUAGUUGUUAUGUCAUAAUCCUUAUUUUCAUCACCAUAGUAAUCCUUUAGUUUCACUACUAUGACAAAUUCCCCAACUGUUUUUACAUUUCAAGUCCCGUUAGUAAAUCCAAAUUCACAUUGCUUUUCAUAUACCACAGAAAGGGUUUCCAGUCUUCUACAAAACUUUCUAUAUGACUAUCUCUUACGUUAGUUUUGCCAUUUCUGCAUAUUCAUAUGCCUUCAUCAACCAUUCUUCUCUUGCUAGAAUUUCCGCAGAUCUCAAUUUCUGAGCAAGAACCAUUCUAGCCACCGUCGUAAGAUAUAGAAAUAAAUUUCUGUUUUCUUUCAGGAUUUCUUCAUUAAUUAUGCCCAACUGGAAGGAUUCAGGACUCUUGUGAAAUACACAUUUGAAAAUAUUUUUGAAUUCAUCAUAAAUCAUAUCCCAAAACCUCUUUACCUCCCUGCAGGACCACCACAUGUGGUAAAAAGACCCCUCGCUUUCUUUACAUCUCCAACACUUCUUAGAUACAUUUUUAUACAUUAAAGCUAGUUUCUUAGGUGUUAAGUACCACCUGUACAUCAUUUUUAUAAGAUUUUCUUUUAAAUUAUAGCAUGCUGUAAAUUUGAGGUCUUUCUUCCAUAACUUCUCCUAGGCCUCUAGAUUAAUAUUAUGACCUAACAUCUUGUGCCCACUUUACCAUUGUUGAUUUUACCACUUCAUCUCUUGUUUCUUCACAUAAUAACAGAUUGUACAUUUUUGUAAUUAGUUUUUCAUCGUUUUCACAUAACUCUAUUUCAAAUUUUGAUCUCCGCUCUUCAAAACCUAUUUUCAAAUCUUUUUUGAAAACCUCAUUUAACUGAUAAUAUUGAAACCAGUUAGUCACUCUUUCUUUUAGCUCUUCCUCCUUUUUUAAUCCCCACUUAUUAUCACAUUUAUUCAACACUUCGUUAUAUGUCGGCCAACUAGUUUUCAUAUUUCCUUCUUUGCAGAUAACAGCUUCUAGCAGAGAUAACCAGAGAGGUACCUUGUUUUCUAAAUAUUUCUUAUUUCUUUCCCAAACUGUUAUCAGACUUCUUCUAAUGUAAUGGUUAAGAAAAUCCCUAUGUACUUUGGUCUUAUCAUAAAAUAAAUAUGCAUGCCAGCCAAAUCUUCUGUCGAAGCCCUCCAAAUCCAAAAUUCUCAGGUUUCUUCUUAACACUAUCCAUUCUUUCUUUGAACCCGUUCGCACAAUGGUGGCUAUGCCCCUGCCAAGGUCCUUCCCAGCUCUACCUGGAGGUGGCAGGAAUUGAACCUGGGAGCUUUUGCAGGCAAAGCAGAUGCUCUACCACUGAGCUACAGCCCCAUCCCCUAAGGGGAAUAUCUUACAGCCGACAGUGCUCACAUGUAGUCACACAUACAAAUGCAAACAAAGGCAAGCCCUGCCAGAAAGGUUAGAACAUGCCAGAGAGGUUAGAACUUUUUUAAAAGAAGAAAUUCUAAAUAAGAUACUUCCCACUGACCUGCAGAUACCACAUUUUGCACGGCUAAUCCUGCCACCAAUUAACUAAACAUCCUCCCCGCUGCACUCACUCAGUUACCUGUUGCUGUUCUCUGGAUUGCACUGGAAUCUGGUGGUUCUCUUUCGGGGUGUGUGUACAGUUGCAAGGGAGGCACAUACUGACUGGCUCCUUACAGGUGCUUGCCUGGUGCUACUGUUUGCUUCUGCCUCUCCUCCACUCACGCUUGUAGUCAGUCACUGCUCAGAAGGGGGGGGGGCGAGGAGAGGCAGGGCUUCCAUGUGCUGGCUGGCUUGAUGUCUCCCCUGCUCUGGAGAGCCUGCCUAGCCGCCUGAGCCUCACUGCUGCCACUGCCAUCUUGCAGCUCCAGCUCUACUCACCUGCUUCCAUGGUGGCGGCAACUUGUGCUCCUGCUGGACACCUGCCUUCCUUGUACUGGAAGCAGCAUGCAGCAGCACAGGAAAGGGCAGGCAGGGCAUGACAGGUCAGGCUUGGAGGCAGGUGAACUGAGCAGAUGUACUUCACACGCAUACAUUCUGGUUGCAUGAUCCCCUGCUAACUGGGCAAAGAGGCACCUUUUACCGUGGUGUUUCUCUUUAUUUAGCAGGGGGAGAGUAACUGGCCCUAUCCACCCCCAGCACAGUACUUCCAGUGACUGUUGCUGGUGUCUAUCUUGUGUUUCUUUUUAGAAUGUGAGCCCUUUGGGGACAGGGAUCCAUCUUAUUUAUUUAUUAUUUCUCUGUGUAAACUGCCCUGAGCUAUUUUUGGAAGGGCGAUACGGAAAUCAAAUUAACAACAACAACAACAACAUUGGUUAUGAGAGAUUGGCAUUGAUUAUUAUUGGUUAUAAGAGAUUGACAUAUAAAAGCCAUCACAGGAAUAUAAGACUACAAGCAAUAGAACUACAAGCAGAAAGGCCUUACCUGGAGCUGAAUGACCAGCCCACUUGGCUUAUGCUAAGGCUGGAGCGACAAGAGGGAAAAAGCAGCAGCUGUGGUGGAGCAUGAAGAGAAGAGAGCAGCCCAGCUGGAGCUGCACAGCCCCAGCUGAAUAGAGUGUGCUGCAGGGGCCCAGCCGGGGCAGGAGUGGAGCUGCUAUGGCCGAACCUUGGGCCAGUGGUGGUAAGGCCAGAGGAAUUCCAGGCUGGGAUCUCUGGGCUGCUGGUGCAGGGCCAGGUAUGAUACUGGGCUCUGGGUGAUGGUCCCAAUUUGCUGCCCCCAGCCCCACCAGAGGAGAGCAGUGAUGGGAGGAAAGGCAUAGAGGAAGCCCCAAGUCUCAAGGGAAGCGAGGGUGUCCACUCCUGGCUCAGAUCUGGAGUAAUAUAAUACCUGUUGAGUUUAUGGUUUGUUGGGAAAGAGAGCAGGUAUACUGAAAACCAGCCAUUCAGAGAAAACUGAGAUGGAACAUAGUAAAGGUAAAAGUGUGCCAUUGAGUCGAUGUUGACUUCUGGGGACCACAUCACCCUGUGGUUGUCUUUGCUAGAAUACAGGAGGAGUAGUUUACCAUUGCCAUCUCCCACGCAGUACGAGAUGAUGCCUUUCAGUAUCUUCCUAUAUUGCUGCUGCCCGAUAAUAGGUGUUUCACCAGCAGGGAUUCGAACUGGCAACCUCUGGCUUGCUAGUCAAGUCAUUUCCCUGCUGCACCAUUAAGUGGUAGCAUUCUUCAAAUACCUGAAGGCUGUAUACCUGAAGAAGAAGGCAGACUUCUCUGUUGCCUGAAAGGAAAAGAUUAGAUUGAAUGAGAUUAAGUUACAGGACAGUAGGUUUUAGUUAAACUUUAGGAGAAAUCUUAGAAGUAUCUAGGGAUGGGCAGGGUCUUCCUCACCAAAAGUCUCCAGGCAGAAGCUAGGCAGUCAUUUGUAUCGAGCAUGAGGUAAGAUUAGGUGACCUACAUGGAAGUCAAGGCCCCCUUUGAUAUGACUUCUGAAAGCGAGGGCUAGAGAUGCUUGAAUCUGAAGAAUCCUGGGAUGGGCUAAACUUGAUAGCUAACUUGACCAUUCAGCUUGACCAAGGUUUCAGGCUUAUGGGCCUGUAAGAAAAGCAGGUUAUUUUAUCUGUGUGUUUUUACUGAAAUGUCAGUUGACAGGAAAUAGAAUGGAUGUGGUUCAAUGUACCCAGGAAACACGCCCACUACAAAACCCCAAUGUUGUUAAGAUCAACAAGGAACGUUCUGAACAUUUUCUAAAAACAGGAUACAGUGAAACUACUAUUUGCGUAGUUAUGACUUCAGUUUUAUAGGGUGAUGUAUCUGACAAACUGAAAGGGACAACUAUGGGGUACCAACCAAUCAACAGAAUAUAAACAAGGGGGCAGGUAAUUAGAUGAAAGGUUACCCAAGAUGCAGUACAAAAAUAAGAUGAUCCCCACUGGGACAAACGAAACGUCUAAAAAAGAAAACCUCAAAGAUAUGGGCUCGAAUACGACAACUUUCAGUUUCGAUUUGCCUGAAACUGGCUUGUGACGAACUUUCUUCCAUGCUGCUUAAAACGGAAGUGGCCGUCAGUGUCUCUUGGCUCGGCGCGCGUUCAAGAAAGGCGCGAGGGCCUUGAAGGCUUUUGAAAGUUUGUCCUGCUUUGUUUACAACAUGUCUGCUCCAAAUUCUCAUGCUGGGGAUGACAUCUGGAAGUUGUUCAAAACCAAGAAAAUUAGGAUUGCUUCUCAAAUCAAUGUGCUGUUUCCAUUUCUUCAUGGUCUACGAGAUGAGGAAAUAAUAUCUGAAGAAGUGUUUAAGAAAUGCAAAGAGAAGGUAGACGCAAAUCCAAAAGUUAUGCAUGAAGAAAUAUACAAUGUACUUGAAGGGAUAAACAGUGUGCCAGCGUUAAGGAAGCUCUUCUGCAAGGAAAAUCUGGAUGUGUAUCCACAUUUAAAGUCCAUUUAUGAAGAUUUGGAAAAUGCGCUCCAGAAGGCUGAAAACAGCUCUGCUUCUGAACAGAGGAGCAUAAAGGCACACCAGACAAAGGACAGCAGUUCUGAGACUUCUGCCAAGAAGUGGCUGCUCCGGAAAAGGGAAAACAGGUCUUCUGAACAGAGAAGCAAAAAGGCACAGCAGACAAAAGACAGCAGUCUUGAGAUCUCUGCUGAACGGAAAUGUGCUGGUAGAAUAAAGAGGAACAGAACCAAAAGGCUUCAAGGACCAGCUGUUACCAGAAGGAGGAGCUCAGGCCUUCUGAAAGGAAAAAGAGUUCAAAAUCCAAAUUUCCAGAGCAAUAAACUGCAAGUAUACUGUGGAAAAGAUACUGAAGGUGUUUUAUAUAAGGACAAACUGGUUGCAGGAAUUUCACAAAAAUGUAUCAUGGGUCCUGAUGGAAAGUGGUUCACACUAGACGAAUUUGAGGUUCAAGGAGGCCGUGGAACUUGGAAAUGUUGGAGAAGAAGCAUUCGGUGUAAUGGGGAUACUUUAGAAUCUCUAAUAAGGAAUGGAGAGCUAUCUUGCCCACCAAGAAAACCCAGCAAGAAAACAAAUAAGGAGAAUCCUUCAAGGCCAUGUCGUACAUCAGCAAAGUUCCAGUUAUCAGAACGGAAAUGUGCUGGUAGAAUAAAGAGGAACAGAACCAAAAGGCUUCAAGGACCAGCUGUUACCAGAAGGAGGAGCUCAGGCCUUCUGAAAGGAAAAAGGGUUCAAAAUCCAAAUUUCCAGAGCAAUACACUGCAAGUAUACUGUGGAAAAGAUACUGAAGGUGUUUUAUAUAAGGACAAAUUGGCUGCAGGAAUUUCACGAAAAAGUAUCAUGGGUCCUGAUGGAAAGUGGUUCACACCAGAAGAAUUUGAGGUUCAAGGAGGCCGUGGAACUUGGAAAUGUUGGAAAAAAAGCAUUCGGUGUAGUCGGGGUACUUUAGAAUCUCUAAUAAGGAAUGGAGAGCUACCUAAUCCACCAAGAAAACCCCGUAAGAAAAAAAAGUACCCAUUCUGCAACUCCCAGCAGUCAGAUAAGGAGAAUCUUUCAAUUCCAGGUCAUACAUCAGCAAAGUUCCAGUUAUCAGAAUUCCCAGUGCAAUUUGGUACUGUCACAGGAGUAUUGCACAAACAUAGAUUUGCAGCAGGAGGACCAGACCAAAAAUGCAUCAGAUUGGAAGAACGAUGGUGCACUCCUAAGGAGUUUGUGGAAAUGGGUGAAAUUUUUGAAUCUUGGGACAAGGACAUUCGGUCCAAUGGAGUUCCCCUACAGGACCUAUUAGAGGCAGGACAUUUGGAAAUUCAUCCUAAUGACUGUUCCUGCGAAACCUGCAAAACCUACAGAGAAGACGUGUUGCCAGAAAAUGACAACUGUGCUGUGUGUGUGAAAGGAGGGCUCCUGACAUGCUGUGAUUCAUGCUCGAGAUCAUUUCAUGGUUCCUGCCACAUUCCACCUAUUCCUGAGGGAAACAGCAAGAAGUGGAUAUGCACCUUUUGCGAACUAAAAAGUGAUUUGGAGUGUUCGGCAAACUCACCUUUUUCCCAAGAGGACUUGGUUCUAACGUAUAAGAUGCUCCCUAUACAAACCCUGAAAUGUAUGUUCCUGCUUCUGAAGAUCUGUUGUGAGCCUGAAAGUGCUACUUUUGCUCAGGAUCCAACCACUAUUCCCUCUAAGGAGAAAGAAAAUUAUGAUGAUUUCAUAGAGAAACCCAUGUGGCUCAGGCAAGUGGAACAGAACCUGAAUCAAAAGCGGUAUGAAAAAGUAGGACAUUUCGUAGAAGAUAUGCGUCUGAUUUUCAAAAAUUGCCAGGGCAAAGAGGCUGCAGAAGCUGGAAGAAAACUUCAUGAUGAAUUUGAAAAGAGUUUUCAGGAAGUGUUUUUUAUUAAGCAACCGGUUUCUUCAAUUUAUAUGUCCUCAGACGUGCAAACUAAUUUCUGAGCAAAUCUGUUCAUCUGUUGUGUAAAAACAAUAUCCUAAUUCUGACUGAUCAACUACUUAAAUAGAUUCCUAUAUUUAAACUUUAGCUAACUUUACUAGGAGCUUUAAGAAAAAGGAGAGCAAGUCCUUACCUGCUGUCUGCCACCUCAUACAGCUUCUACCACCGCGUCCCAAUAAUCCCCCCCUGCAGUGCCAGCAUGCACAACACCAUGCUGCCCAUGCAAAUGGUACCUGUGCAUGCACAGAUGCCAUGUGUGUGCUGGCGCCACAUAGGGGGUUAUUGGGACAUACACUGCCCAGCAGGAAGCUGCAUGGGGUGGUGGAGAGCAGGUAAGGAACUGCUCUCCUUUUUCUUAAAGUUCCCGGUCCCCCUUCCAAAAAAAGUGCUUGAACUGCGCUUUGAAGGCAGGGCACAUCCCUACCUAAAACUCCCCCCACCCCAGCACCUUAGCCCUGAUCCAAAUCCUCUGUUAGACAUUUAUCUAAUAUACCCAUCUUUAUCCUUAACUAACUCAUAAGAAAUUUUACAUAUAGGACUUUUAUUACAUGUAAUACUCAAAUACUUAUCAGAGAAGCUUGAUCAAAUGAGCCCCUGGUGGUGCAGUGGUAAAACUGCCGCCCUGUAACCAGAAGGUUACAAGUUCGAUCCUGACCAGGGGCUCAAGGUUGACUCAGCCUUCCAUCCUUCCAAGGUCGGUAAAAUGAGUACCCAGAAUGUUGGGGGCAAUAUGCUACAUCAUUGUAAACCGCUUAGAGAGCUCCGGCUAUAAAGCGGUAUAUAAAUGUAAGUGCUAUUGCUAUUGCUAUUGCUAAAUAGAAAACUGCUUUUAACAAAAGAAAAAGGUGUUGGGAGAUUGGGUCAUAAAGCUGGUGUAGCAUAAUGGCCAAGAGACUGAGUUAUGGAUUGGGGAAUCCCUGGUUCAAAUCUCACCUCUGCUAUGAACUCACUAGGUGCUUUAGGCAGGCUGCUCCCUUUUAGCCUCAGCUCACCAUCUGCAACAUGGGGAUAAUACAGUACUCACUUACUUGCAGGAUUUUUGUAACGAUAUUUUAGACUGUGAGUCCUUUUGAGGCAGGGAACCAUUCUUAUACCUUUUGUACCUUUAAGAAUCUUAAGAGUGUUUGCAUGCUUUGCUUUCAACCCUGCCUGUUUUACUGUGCUAGCAUCUGACAAAGUAGGUUGGUACCCACAAAAGCUUAUGCAAUAUCAAAUCAUCAUGUGAUCUGUUCUGUUUCUUUACAAGUAAUUCAGUUGGUACACCUAGAUGUACCCCUAAUGUGGCGCUACAACAGGAGGCUGGGUUGUGGAGGAUUAAGACCAGGGCAUGGUUGCAGAUUAUUUUCUACUGGCUGAAGCUUCAUCUCCAGCCAGUGGGACUUGUGCCUAGGUUUCUUUCGGCUAUACCCCGGCCUAUUUGGCUGGUAACGAAUACAGAUAAACUUUCCUGUAUUGGUCUGGAUCCUGAAUUUUUAUUAGAAACUGACCUAGUGAAUGCCAACAAAUUAGUUUGUCAACGUUUAAAUGAUAUGGAGCUCCAGAACAAGUUGGCCUGUCUGCCGGCAUUUUACAGUCAGUUUAAGGCCAGGGUGGGUUUUCCCCCGGCUUCAUAUUUGUCCACCAUAACUGUCAGAAAGUUCCGUUGGGCUUUUUCAAGAGCACGCUUUAAUGCCUUCCCUUCAGCUGUACUAAUGGGAAGAUUUCAACAUUUACCCCUGGAGGCUCGCUUGUGCCCUUGUGGUUUGGGUGAACCUGAAUCAAUGGCUCAUAUCUUAUUAUGUUGUAGAUUCUAUAGUAAUAUUAGAUGUCAUUUGAUUCAGCCGCUCCUUUCUAGGUUUCAACAUCAAUUGGACGACUUGCUGAUGAAAUUUUUACUUGAAGAUAAUGCACUCUGCGUCUCUCAUGUUGUAGCAAAAUUUUGUUACAUCGCAGUUAGAAUUCGUAGUUCAUUGAUUGAUGCUAAAGUUAAUGAUUAAGUUAAUGUUGAAUGCUGGACUAAUGUUUAUUGUUUGUGUUGUCUGGUUUUGGCCAUUGGCCGUAAAUCAAGUAUCUAUCUUUACAAGUAAUUCAAUAAAUGUGUUAAUCUUAAAGGUGACAAAAGA